AGAGUCAAGGUUGAUGAAAUUUUUAUAAUAUAAUGAUAUUUAUCAUAUUUAUAGGUCCAAAUCAAUGAUCAGGGACGCGAGUUUGUAAAUCAAGUGAGUAAUGAAUAUCACAAACUCGUGGGAACCCAUCAGAGAGUGACAAGCGCCUACCAUCCUCAGGCUAAUGGCAUGGUAGAGAGAGCUAAUCGUACUCUUCAAAAUUCACUUUUGAAGUGUACAAAAGGCAAUCAGAAGGAUUGGCCUGGAGUUCUCCCUGGUAUUGUAUUUGCCUACAAUACAUCAACGCAUGAAUCCUCAAAAUUCACGCCAGAUGUAUGGCAGAAAAGCUCUACUGCCUUGUGAGGAUGAUAGAGAACCAGAUACAGAUCUUGAUGAUCUAUCUGACACUGAUUAUGAAAGCAAUUACAAGAGUACAGCUGACAAUAUGGAAGUCAUAUUCAAGACUGCAACAAAAAAUAUUGCAAAAGCUCAGCUUAAGCAGCAACGAGAUUAUAAAACUCGUAAUGAUGCUAAGAAUGCACUUUAUCACAUAAAUGAUAAAGUGCUUGUAUGGAAUAAUCGUCGAGCUCACAGGAAAGGAGGGAAAAUGUUGCAGCCUUGGGUAGGCCCAUAUACAAUUGUUAAUAGCAAUGUUGAAUUAUCUUCCUUAACGGGAAAAAUUUUAUGUAUAAAGACUAACCUCAGUAAUUUAAAACACUAUAUCGAGGGGAACAAAGAAACAGUUAAAAAACCUAAUAAUAUGGUACAUUGUGAAACUAUAGUAGGUGUUCAAGAUCAAGGUAAUAUAUACAGUUAA